AUGGCGGUGGUAGACCGGUGGGGAAAUGGGGGAUUCGAUUUCGUCGCGGAAAUCCGGGGCGCGUUUCCCGGCGGCCACUUCCCCGGCUACCGCCCCGCCGCCCCCUCCCUCUCCUCCGCCGCGGCCGCGAACCCGGCCGCCGACGGCGUGGACCGCAUCAGCGCCCUCCCGGACGUCCUCCUCCGCGACGUCGUCUCCCGCCUCCCCGUCCGCGACGCCGCGCGCACCGCCGUGCUCGCCUCCCGCUGGCGCGGCCUCUGGCGCGCCGCCCCGCUCGUCCUCCGCGACGACGACCUCCUCCUGGCAUCCGACGGCGAGCGCGCGCGCCCCGACGCUGCAGUCGGCCGGAUCCUCGCCGACCACCCGGGCCCCUUCCGCGACGUCCACAUCUCCCACUGCUCUCUUACGUCCGGUGAGCGCGAGCUAGGCGACUGGGCGCGCCUCCUCGCCGCCAAGGGCGUCCAGGACCUCGUCUUCCUCGACAAUCCACCCUUGCCGCGCUGCGCCGCCGACAUCACCCGGUGCGCCUCGCUCCGCCGGCUCCCGGCCGACAUCCUCCGUUGCGCCUCGCUCCGCCGGCUCUUCCUUGGAACCUGCACGUUCCCGGAUACCGCCAGCGCUCCCCGUGGCGCUGACGUCUUUCCCCACCUCAAGGAGUUCAGCAUGUUGAGCGGCAGAAUGAGUGAGCACGACCUCAACUACAUGCUUGCCUGCAGCCCCGAGCUGGAGACCCUCGCGCUCAUAAUCAGCAGUAUGACCAAGCGCAUCCACCUCCGCGCCCAAAGCCUCAAGUGCAUGCUCCUCUGGGUGGGUGUGGUAGAUGAGCUCGCAGUGGUGGAUGCUCCACACCUGGAGCGGCUCAUCCUCUGGAAAACGAUUGGUCAGCGACAGCGUAUGGUACUCAAGAUUGAUGGUGCACCUGAGUUGCGUGUCAUUGGCCGCUUGGAUCCACGACUUCACCAGCUCCAGAUUGGCAACACCAUCAUCAAUGCUCAGACAAAGGCAAGCCCAAAUUGCAUCGUCCCAAGUGUCAAGAUCUUGGCUUUAGAGCUGAAUUUUGGUGUUUCCAAGGAUGUCAAUAUGCUAACCAGCUUCCUCAGAUGCUUUCCCAAUGUUGAGACACUGCACAUCGUGUCUUCUAAAGAUGGUGAAGCCACUGGCAGGCACCACGCCAAGUUCUGGCAGGAGGUUGACCCUAUCAAGUGCGUGAAGUCACAUAUCAACAAAAUUAUUAUCCAUGAAUUCCAAGGGGAACAAAGCGAGUUCGCAUUCGUCAAGUUCAUUGCCAAGCGUGCUCGGAAGCUCCAGACUUUGGUGCUUGUGUUGACUGAAGGAACAUUCGCUUCAGUGGGCGAGUUGUACGAAGUGAAUAGCCAACUGAGAGCUCUAACAAGAUGUUCAUGGGCAGCUGAAGGAUGUGAAGUGUUGCUGGUGGGGCCUAAAUUAGAUUGCACGUGGAACUUCGCUAGAGCAUCUGAUCUAUCAGUUAAAGACCCGUUUUGGUGAUGAACUUGAAGGUGGCUACAUCUUUUGUGAUGUAAACCUUGAGGAAAUGAUUUUCUCUCAAUUCUGUUGCUGUGUCUUAGCAUUUCUUUUCUGGAAGUAGGCAUGUUUCAACUUUCAACUAGCACAAAUGGUCGUAAGUGUUGAAGUUACUAGCGCUACUAAAUGAUCUAUCCUUACAUGUUUGAUGAGAUUUGCCCCUUUCGCUGUGGUAACUAUUAUUGGGGUAUUACAUCGCUUUGUGAA